ACAAAGGCCACUUUUGCGGGAUGGGAAUGGUAUCUAAAAGGAAAAAAAACAAUGAGUAGUGAAGGUCCAGUUAAGAUUGUAGGAAUUAACCAUGGAGUAUGUCUGCAUCAUUUCUUGUUGAUGGAUGGAUGGAAGGAAAAAAGAACAAUUCACUGAUGUUACAUUUUUUUGCCAGUCUCCAGAUGACAAUAAUGAACAACACAGCUUACAAAACAAGCUCCGUGCUAACAGAAGUGUUCUUGCUGCUGCCAGCCGGUUCUUUUCCAUCCUGUUACCUGAUUGUGAGUUAGACCUAGAUGUCUGCAUCUCAAUUGAUCUGAGCUUUGAAGAACUGUUUUGUGUUCUUGAGUACAUCUAUUCUGGGAAGCUGCUGUGUUCAGUCAAAAGCAAAGACAGAAUUUUAAGUAUUCUAAAAGAAUUUGAUAUUUUCGUGCCUGAUCAUCUACAGAAUUCAGUAGACUGUGGAAGAAAUGGAAGUAGUGAGGCAGAAGUGGAAAUAAUAUUUGAAGAAGCCAUUGCAAGUGAACCAAAAACUACUAAAGAUCCCACAAACAUUUCAGAGGAUAAAUCUCCCUUUGCAACUUCUGCCGAUGUUCGUGUAGUAAAUAGUGGAGAACUAAUUUUACGAGAACCCAAUAUUUCAAGCUCCAAUGAAGAUCCCUUCCAGUAUGAAGAAAAGCUUCCAGAAAAAUUCUCAAACAGUCAUAAGAUGUACAGCAACAAAAGUAAAACUCAUUGUGGAUCAAAAACGGCUAUUCUGAAUUCAAACACCAAUGUUACUGAAACCAUUGUUGAACCGGAAAUCUCCAGACAUAAAGAUCCGGUCUUCACCGUAGUCACCAACCAACCCACUUCGCUGGAAGAAACGCUUGAAAGUAUCGUAUCGUCAGAGAUUGUAGCGGUUGAACCUCAAGAUAACCCAUCGCUAAGUAAUUGUGAUGUGCAUAGAAGUAGUGUAGAAGAUGAAUGGACUAUUCAGCAAAUACCGGAUAGGCAGACCGUUACGCUGCAGUUCCCUGCCCAGAUUCUUGGCAGUACGACUUUGAGCGCACUAAAAAAGGGAAAAAGAAGAAUAUUACAUUUGUUGAGGAAGAGACUGAAGACAGUGACCAAGAUCCCGAAGAUCAAGACCAAUAAGAUUCUCUUGGUUACGAAGAAAAUGAUGAAGUCAAAAGUAAAUCAGCAGUACAAACAUCUAACCAGUCUGACGAUCAAAGUAAUGGUUUUGAACCUCCGCUCAACUUUGAAGUAGCUGCAAAAAAGCUGGAUUCGUGUUUAGAUCAAAGUACAUCUACCCUAAGAUCGGAUGCGAAGCCUAGUUUGAAAGUA